AUGCCGGAGGAUAUGUCUGUAGUGACGUCAUGUAUGAAGCUGUGGACGGGAAAAUGGACGGGAAAGGAAGCUGUGGACGGGAAGGAAGGAAGGACUGUGGACGGGAAAGGAGCUGUGGACGGGAAAGGAAGUGUGGACGGGAAAGGAAGCUGUGGACGGGAAAAGGAAGCUGUGGACGGGAAAGGAAGCUGUGGACGGGGAAAGGAGCUGGGACGGGAAAGGAAGCUGUGGACGGGAAAGGAAGCUGUGGACGGGAAAGGAAGCUGUGGACGGGAAAGGAAGCUAUGGACGGGAAAGGAAGCUGUGGACGGGAAAGGAAGCUGUGGACGGGAAAGGAAGCUGUGGACGGGAAAGGAAGCUGUGGACGGGAAAGGAAAGUGUGGACGGGAAAGGAAGCUGUGGACGGGAAAAGGAAGCUUGUGGACGGGAAGGAAGCUGUGGAAGGAAGCUGUGGACGGGAAAGGAAGCUGUGGACGGGAAAGGAAGGACGGAAAGGAAGGACUGUGGACGGGAAAGGAAGCUGUGGACGGGAAAGGAAGCUGUGGACGGGAAAGGAAAGCUGUGGACGGGAAAAGGAAGCUUGGACGGGAAAGGAAGCUGUGGGAAGGACGGGAAAAGCGUAGCUGUGGACGGGGAAAGGAAGCUGUGGACGGGAAGGAAGCUGUGGACGGGAAAGGAAGCUGUGGAGGAAGGAAGGAAGCUGUGGACGGGAAAGGAAGCUUGUGGAAGGCGGGAAGCUGUGGACGGGAAAGGAGCUGUGGACGGGAAGGAAGCUGUGGACGGGAAGGAAGCUGUGGACGGGGAAAGGAAAGCUGUGGAACGGGAAAGGAAGCUGUGGACGGGAAAGGAAGCUGUGGACGGGAAAGGAAGCUGUGGACGGAGAGGAAGCUGUGGACGGGAAAGGAAGCUGUGGACGGAAAGGAAGCUGUGGACGGAAAGGAAGCUGUGGACGGGAAAGGAAGCUCUGUGGACGGGAAGGAAGCUGUGGACGGGAAAGGAAGCUGUGGACGGGAAAGGAAAGCUGUGGACGGGAGAGGGAGGACGGGAAGGAAGCUGUGGACGGGAAAGGAAGCUGUGGACGGGAAAGGAAGCUGUGGACGGAAAGGAAGCUGUGGACGGGAAAGAAGCUGUGGACGGGAAAGGAAGCUGUGGACGGGAAAGGAAGCUGUGACGGGAAGGAAGCUGUGGACGGGAAGGGAAGCUGUGGACGGGAAAAGGAACUGUGGACGGGAAAGGAAGCUGUGGACGGGAAAGGAAGCUGGACGGGAAGGAAGGUGGACGGGAAAGGAAGCUGUGGACGGGAAAGGAAGCUGUGACGGGAAAGGAAGCUGUGGACGGGAAAAGGAAGCUGUGGACGGGAGAGGAACGGAAGGAAGCUGUGGAGCGGAAGGACGGGAAAAGCUGUGGACGGGAAAGGAGCUGUGGACGGGAAAGGAAUGGACGGAAGGAAGCAGAAGCUGUGGACGGGUAUAUCACUUGCGACGUCGGGAACUUGCAAGUGCGGACGGGAUGGUAUUCGCCGCUAAUGAUCUCAACGCGGGAGAUAAUUUUAUAAAAAAUCAAUUAAUCCUUUCUGUCACCUACUUACGGAUGUGA